GGACAUUGGGGACACCCGCUGGACAUGCACCUGGCCACCAAAGGGUUACAGGGGUGGCCGAAGCUGCUGCUCGAGGUGUGGCACGUGGACGCGUGGGGCCGCCGCGGCCUGGCGGGGUACGGCGUGUGCCACGUGCCCAGCGCGCCCGGCUGCCACCGCGUCACCGUGGUCACCUGGCGCCCGCGGGGGACGCGGCGGCAGCGGCUGCUGGGGACGGGGGGGCCCGAGCUGCGCGUGCCCGAGGUGGCGGCCACCGGGGCGGGGGACAGGUUCCGGCUGCGCACCGAGAGCGCGGGCACGGUGACGCUGCGGCUGGGCGUGGUGGCACGGAACAUGGGGAGAUACGGGGUGGCACUGUGACACCGUUGGGGACACCAUUGGGGACAUUGGGGACACUGGGGACAUUGGGGACACUGGGGACGGUGUGACACCAUUGGGCACGGUGACGCUGCGGCUGGGCGUGGUGGCGCGGAACAUGGGGAGGUACGGGGUGGCACUGUGACACUGCUGGGACAUUGGGGACACCAUUGGGGUGGCACUGUGACACUGGGGAUGGUGUGACACCAUUGGGCACGGUGACGCUGCGGCUGGGCGUGGUGGCGCGGAACAUGGGGAGAUACGGGGUGGCACUGUGACACUGGGGACAUUGGGGUGGCACUGUGACACCGUUGGGGACACUGGGGACAUUGGGGUGGCACUGGGACAUUGGGGACACCAUUGGGGAAAUUGGGGUGGCACUGUGACAUUGGGGACACCAUUGGGGACAUUGGGGACAUUGGGGACAGUGACACUGCAGCUGGCAGUGGUGGCACGGAACAUGGCGUGGUACGGGGUGGCACUGUGACAUUUGGGACAUUGGGGUCAU